GGCUGGUAAAGAAAGGAAAACUUUACAAAAAAGGAAGGUCACACACACACAGCUGCUGUACUCGCGGGGAUAGGACAGGGGGCGGGAGCGUGAAAGAGAAAAUGAAAGCUGUCAGCAGAGACAGAGAGCGAGGGAAGGAUGAUGCAGCUCAAAUGAGGUUCAAAUAACUUCUGGACAUGUCUACUAGCCUGUUGCUGUAAGGUUAUACAUUUCCGUCUAACCAAAGAGAGACUACGUUCCUCCUGAAGUGUAAUUAUCAACAGCUAUCCUCCCUGAUGUUUCUCUACGCUCUGAAAACAAACUGAGUGCCUGCAGACUGUUUGCUGCUCUCAAGAGUGACCCUUGUCCUUAUCCUUACAGUAGUCCUCCAAAAACAUUUCCACCAUAAUGGUCAGGUUCUUGGUUCUGGCCCUCCUGUCUCUGGCUGGUGUGACCCAGACCUCCGCUAGCCCGACCCAGGCCUCUGAGCCCCCUAACACCACUGAGGAGCAGCCUCCCUUAGGUACAGGAAGCCUCUCAUUCCCUUGGAGCCACCUCCGUCUUCCGGGGUACAUUGUUCCGCUCCACUACCAUCUCCUGCUCCACCCUAACCUCACCAUGCUCAGCUACAGCGGUACUGUCCGGAUAGAGCUCCAGGUUCAGAARAAUACCAACUGGGUGGUGCUGCACAGCAAGGGGCUCCGUAUCACUACAGCAACUAUGUUGGACCAGAACCUGGCUCACCUGUCAGACCAGGUGCUCCCUGUGCUCCACAACCCUACCCAUGAGCAGACUGCCAUCUUCUCUCCCAGAGUGCUCAGCGGUGGGCAGAAGUACUUCCUGUUUCUGGAGUUUGGGGCGGAGCUAGGAGAAGGCUUCUAUGGCUUCUACAGGAGCACCUACAGAACCAGCACCGGAGAGACACGGAACCUGGCCUCCACUCAUUUUGAGCCCACCAGUGCUCGGAUGGCGUUUCCUUGUUUUGAUGAGCCGAGCUUCAAGGCUAACUACUCUAUCAGUAUCAGGAGGAGCCCAGCAAACACCGCCCUGUCCAACAUGCCUGUAGUGACAGACAGUGGUCCUGAUGAUGGUCUAAUGGAGGACCGUUUUGCUGUGAGUGUGAGGAUGAGCUCCUAUCUGGUGGCCUUCAUCGUGUGUGACUUCAGAUUCUGUCAGCGCAACAACUGCCUCAGGGUCAAGGUAUCUGUCUAUGCUGCUCCUGAGAGGCAGCAGACCCAUUAUGCUCUGAAGGCUGCAGUCAAACUACUGGAGUUCUAUGAGAAAUACUGCAACAUCAAAUACCACUUACCUAAACAAGACCUGGUUGCUAUCCCAGACUUUCAGGCCGGAGCGAUGGAGAACUGGGGUCUGAUCACCUUCAGAGAGACCAGCCUGCUCUACGACCCCGCCACCUCCUCAGCCUCCGAUAGGGUCUGGGUUACCAUGGUGAUCGCCCACGAGCUCGCCCACCAGUGGUUUGGCAACCUGGUGACCAUGGAGUGGUGGAAUGACAUCUGGCUGAACGAGGGCUUCGCCAGAUACAUGGAGUACAUCGCAGUCAACGCCACAUACCCCAAACUCAGAGUGGAGGAUUAUCUGGUGGACACCUGCUUCGCUGCGAUUGGUCGAGACUCUCUUAACUCCUCCCGCCCCAUCUCCAGUGCGGCUGAGAGCCCCACACAGAUUGAAGAGAUGUUCGACACAGUAUCCUACGACAAGGGUGCAUGUGUCCUGCACAUGCUCAGACACUACCUGACUGACCAAGUGUUCCAGAGUGGAAUCGUGCGCUACCUUCGCAGGUACAGCUACAGCAACGCUCACAACCAGGACCUGUGGGACAGCCUGGCCAAUACGUGUUCAGAAGAGGAGUUCAGCUCUGGAGAACACUGUUACAGCAGCAGGCAGGCAGCUAAGAACGCAGUAAACACACCUCUCUUUGUAAGACACCUAAUGACCACACUCACAGACAGUGUGGAUGUGGGGGAGGAGGUGGGCUGGGUGAAGGUGAAUGUGGACAUGGCUGGUUAUUACCUGGUCCACUAUGAUGGUUCAGGCUGGGACAACUUAAUACAACUACUGAAGGACAACCACACAGCUCUCACCUUCAUGGACAGAACACACCUCAUACACAACGCCUUCCAACUCACCACGGCAGGUCGGUUGUCACUCGAUAAAGCCUUGAACCUUAUUGGCUACCUGCGAUCAGAAAGUCACACCGUGCCCUUACUCGAGGGGUUGGGCUACCUGGAAGCUUUCUACAGGAUGGUGGAGAGGAGAGACAUACCUGAUGUCACACAAAACCUCAGGACGUACAUUCUGUGGUAUUUCCGUGAUGUGAUUGACCGUCAGACGUGGAGCGACAAGGGCUCUGUGUCUGAGAGGCGACUGAGGUCGAAGCUCCUUUCCCUGGCCUGCCAUCUAGGAGACCUCCCCUGUUUGAAGCAGGCCCAGCGCAGCUUCACACACUGGCUGGACUCCAACAGCACGCAUAACUUGCCUGCAGACGUGGCAGAGACAGUGUAUUCAGUAGGGGCCCAGGAGGACACGGGCUGGGCGUCUCUCCUCCAGACAUACACCCACUCCCUCUCAGAGACACACAAACGCAAGAUCCUCUCUGCCCUGGCCAGCAGCCAAGACACUAAUAAGCUAARCAGGUUGUUGGAGCUGGGUCWAGAGGGAGAGGUGAUCCGUACUCAGGACCUGGACUCCCUCAUCGCCAUGGUAGCCAGGAACCCAAGGGGACAUCAUCUGGCCUGGAGCUACGUCCAGAAAUACUGGAGCACCCUGGUGGACAAGUUCCAGUUGGGAUCGUUCUCUAUUAGACACAUCAUCAUUGGUACCACAGCCCAGUUCUCCUCCAKAGAGGAACUCACUGAGGUGCGUGUAUUCUUUAAGUCGAUCCAUGAGCAGGCAUCUCAGCUGAGAGUGACUGAGGUUGCCAUGGAUAACAUCCAGAAGAACAUCCUCUGGCUGCAAAGAAACCUGGGAACUCUGAGGAGCUGGCUGGACCAACAGAUAGACUGAAGAGAAAGAGAGAGGGAGGGGGGGAUAGGGAGAGAGAGAGAGAC